AAAUAUUCCCAAAAGGAAGGAAUAAUCCGAACAUGUUGUCUAUUUUCUAAAGUGCAUAUCUGCAAGUAAACAAAUAAAACAAGCACUGAAACUGAACACUUCAAGCUAAAAUGUACGAAGAAGAAUAAUUGAAGGCUCUGAUUCUCAAUACUGGGCCAGCGAGGAUGACUUAGACCGAAGACAUGACGAGUGUGACUGCCUUUGUGGAGGGAUGGGACUUUGUUCAGACCCUUGGGGAAGGGGCUUAUGGCGAGGUGAAGCUGGCAGUGAACAAUGAGACGCAGGAGGCCGUGGCUGUAAAAAUCAUCAACUUGGAGCGCAUGCCACAGGCAGAAGAGAACGUACGCAAAGAGGUGUGCGUUCACAAGAUGUUGAAGCACGACAGCAUCAUCAAGUUCUACGGUUUCCGUAAGGAUGAGAACAUCCAGUACAUUUUCUUGGAGUAUGCAAGCGGUGGGGAAUUAUUUGACCGAAUAGAGCCUGACCUGGGAAUGCCAGAAGUUGAUGCAUCACGAUACUUCAAACAGCUCAUAAUGGGCGUAGAGUACCUUCAUGAGCGUGGUGUCACCCACAGGGACCUGAAACCCGAAAAUCUGUUACUAGAUGACUUUGACAACCUGAAAAUAUCAGAUUUCGGACUCUCGACAGUGUUUAGGUACCAAGGUCGCGAACGGUUGUUAGAAAAGUGUUGUGGGACAGUGCCUUAUGUGGCCCCUGAAGUGAUAAGCCGGAAACCGUACCACGCUGAACCCGCGGAUAUUUGGUCGUGUGGAAUCAUACUCGUAGCGUUGCUGGCAGGCGAGCUUCCCUGGGAUGAGCCCACAUACAGCUGUCAGGAGUACUGUGACUGGAAAGACUGCAAGAUCACCAUCAGUCCAUGGAACAAGAUAGAUACACUGGCCUUGUCGUUAUUGCGCAAGGUUCUGGUGGAGAACGCCAGUAAGCGGCGAACAAUAGAGCAGAUCAAGAAACACCAGUGGUACAACAAGAACUUCAACAAACACAGAGGAGCCUCAGGCUUACAGUCAGGUUCCCCAAGCGACUCCUCAUGUGGAACCAGGCCUUUCAAGCGCCAGUGCACCGACCAGGACGGUGACCUAUCAAGGAUCUGCAACUCCCAGCCAGAGUUGCCCCCCAUGCAGCCCCGCAGUCAGCUGUCCAGUCUUGACGACCUGGGUCCCGCUAUCAGCUUCUCCCAGCCCCUUCAUCCCGAUCACAUGGUGCUGUCUCAGUUACCCUGCACCCCUGGCAACUCACAGACCCCAAUGCAGAAACUUGUUCGGCGCAUGACAAGAUUUUUUGUUAAAACUGACAAGACGGAGACCCUAGUUGAGCUGGAUCGUGCCUGCGAGACCCUCGGGUACUCUGCUCGCAGGGGAAGCCCUGGUUUUACGACAAUAAGUACGAAGGACAAGAGAGCUAUGCCACUGGUGUUCAAAGCCUGCCUGAUGGAAAUGGGAGAGAAUCUGCUGCUGGAUUUCAGACUGUCAAAGGGCGAUGGGUUGGAGUUCAAGCGCCACUUCAUGAAGCUUCGUCAUCACAUGAAGAAAGUGACCAGUCGAGUUCCGCCACAGUUUCCUCUGGUGCCAACUCAACAAUCACAACCAGUCUUGUGAUGGAGCAAAACAUUCGGGAACUUGGCUUGAUUGACAUGCGGAGGUUUUCAAAGAGGGCUAGUGAUUUUCCAUUAAUUCCUCAGAAUACCGCCUUCACAGUGUGGAUGCAUGAUAGUUGUUUGUUCUCAACUUUGAUAGUUGUGAAAGUCGAGCGGCUUGGUGAGACCUGUAUGGAUAUUUACCUCCCCUUGAGGUGCUCCAGUAAUCAUAUCAAAAACAUAUCAGGGACAUACAUGCAAGAACUAUUGAAAUUGUGUUACUGCAUUUUGAAAAGCGUCUUCAAACUAAAGUGAAGCGCUUUUUGGGGCAUUAUUUUGUAGCCGUUAUUGGGUCGUUUUCUCAAUCGCAACAUAUGUUUGACCCAAAUCCAAUCAUUUCCAAUUGUUGUUUUUUUCCUUUCGGUGUUUAGUAAUGGAGAUGAUAAGUCUAGAAAUGAAGUGUUUUAAAGUUAUGAUAUAAUUUAACUGAUACGUUUAAGUUUGGAAUUUACUGGUUUAUGUAAGUUUUGUCACUAAGAGUUCAAAAUUUAUAAAUCAAACUAUUUAUUUCCCAAUUAGGAAUAAAUUGAAGCUAAAUAUUCACAUUUUACAGGUAUAGAUCAUACUCCCAAAAAGAUGAGAAAAGGCUCUGGAAGUUAAACAUUUAAUCUUGUAAUUUUGUACGAUCAAUGUAAUUUAAAGACUGUGAAAAUUGUGUUGUCAGAAGUUUAAAUGGAAACAUACAAAUUAAUUACUAAUUUGCAUAGCAGUGAUUUAUGUAAGAUAUUGACUGAUUUGUUUGUUGCCGUUACCAGAACUUUAAGUUUGAAAGAUUUUGCUGACACAGUAAAUGUGAGUGAUGAUUUGCACAACUAUAUCUGUGAAUGUUGUGCUUAAUCGUGGAUGUUCAUGAUUCAAUGCUGUCUGAGUUGUGUCAACAGGGGUUUUACUGCUAUUUAUAAAAGGACGUAAAACGUACCUGAUCCCAAUGCAAACAGACCUGAUCUCAAACCAAAAAUGUAUAAAUAAAAUCCUUAUUUAUUUAUUUUUUUUCGAAGGUGUCUAAAGAUUAUUACAUCACAAUUUAUUUUAUUAACAUCUAAUAAAGUAUAUAACUUUUUAUGCCCCCCUUCGAAGAAGAGGGGGUAUAUUGCUUUGCUCAUGUCGGUCGGUCGGUCCGUCCGUCCACCAGGUGGUUGUCAUACGAUAACUCAAGAACGCUUGGGCCUAGGAUCAUGAAACUUCAUAGGUACAUUGAUCAUGACUCGCAGAUGACCCCUAUUGAUUUUGAGGUCACUAGGUCAAAGGUCAAGGUCACGGUGACCCGAAAUAGUAAAAUGGUUUCCGGAUGAUAACUCAAGAAUGCAUACGCCUAGGAUCAUGAAACUUCAUGGGUAGAUUGAUCAUGACUCGCAGAUGACCCCUAUUGAUUUUGAGGUCACAAGGUCAAAGGUCAAGGUCACGGUGACCCGAAAUAGUAAAAUGAUUUUCGGAUGAUAACUCAAGAACGCUUUUGCCUAGUUUUCGAUGUGUUGGUAACUCUGCCCUGCCUUCAUUUAGAUUGAUCUCGGUACAAUUUAUAAACAUUUCAUUAUCAUUAGCACUUUGCUUUUUGAGUGGUUACUCCUCCGUUGUUAUAUGAAUAAUUUAGUGAAAAUGUUAAAUGUGUUAAAAUAUUGUUCCAAAAUAUUUUAUAACACUCAAUAGUGAUGCAAUCAGAUUCCGGACUUUUGUUAUUUGGCAUUUCUUAACGAGCUUGUCAAUAUUCAUAUUCAGUUUGUAAUCCUUCACAUACUUGUUAUUCCACUUCCUUUAAAGCAUGAUGUGUUAUUUUAAAGAGGUUGUUAUUUUCAACAUUCUUUCGUUUAUAGUGUUUCGCAAAAUAGGCUUCUUCUAUUAUUUGACUUUUAUUUGUUAUGUCUUUGCCA